ACUCUACGAGGUGCGAUUUCUCUUGACCAAAAAAACGUUUUUUUUUUUUGUUGGAUUAUUUGGAGAAUCGAUCAGAAUCUGAGAGGUUAACUAAUGUCGAGUCGUUUGCUGCAACAUAACCUUUAGCCUAAUCUCGAUGUCACUAUCUCUGAACUGAUAGGCUACUUUUUUUCACGGACAGGAGAUUGGUAGGGUAGUCCAAGCUUCAUUGUUGAAGUAGCCUAUCUUUAAAUUUAGUUGUUGCGUAAUUACCGGCAAAAAUGUCUGGAGAGGAUCACAACCAAGAAUGAAACAUUCAAGGGGUCACCGGGUGCGUUUCCCGUGGUAUUGAAGAAAAUCAUGUUAAUGCCCCAACCGAAUUUAUUCGAGAGCGACGAUGACAAUGACAAGGAUAAGCUUUUUACGGGGGACAAUGUGGACCUUGGAGGAGGGAGCGGGAUGGGUCCGUCGGCCGCCCUGACCCCCGCCAUCUGGGAUAAGACCAUCCCGUACAACGGGGAGACCUUUCACCUGGAGUACAUGGACCUGGAGGAGUUCCUCAUCGAGAACGGAAUCCCCACCUUGUCCCUGGACAAUGCUCUCAACAUGGAAAUUGCAGGGAAGAAGACAGAGAAGCCAACUAGCACCACGACAGCCCCCGCUGCCCCAAUCUCCCUGCUGCCGGUCCUGGAACUAGACCAGUGUGAGGAGGAGGUGGUCACCGUCACCCUCAACAGUGCUGAUAUCACAGCCAACAUCGAGGUGGUGACAGACAAGGACAGGCUGACCCCUGAAACCAUCGACCCGGAGGAGAUUGAGGUGAACGUGAACUUUGAUCCGGACCCUACGGACCUGGUCCUGUCCAGCGUUCCUGGAGGAGAGCUGUUCAACCCACGCAAACACAAGUUCUCAGAGGAGGAACUCAAACCACAGCCCAUGAUCAAGAAGGCCAAGAAGGUGUAUGUACCUGAGGAUUCUAAGGAUGAGAAGUACUGGCAGAGGAGGAAGAAGAACAACGUGGCGGCAAAGCGUUCCCGGGACGCGCGCCGACUCAAGGAGAACCAGAUCACGGUGCGGGCGGCGUUCCUGGAGCGUGAGAACACGGCGCUACGACAGGAAGUGGGCGAGCUACGGAAUGACUUUUCCCGCAGCAAGAAUGUUGUGGCCCGCUACGUGGCCAAAUUCGGAGAGCUUGCAUUGCUGGAAGACCAGUAGACUAUUAUUGAUUUAUUUGUGGCGUGGGUGAAGUAAUUUAAUCAAAUACAAUGGAUAGAUGGAUCAGAAGAUGGAGUGUGGAAGAGUGUGAAUGAUGUUGCCGUGUAGAUACUGUGGAAUUGUAUUAGUGACCGCUGCUUAUUGUUUUUAUUUGACUUUUUAUUUUAUUUAAUUUAGGGGGUAGAUCAGCUUUAAUAUUGCAAAUAGAUUGUAGAUUGUUCCAUCAAUGUAAUUGUAUGCAUCAUUUCUAAUCCCCACCCAUAUAUUUGUUUUGUAAAUAUAUAUUUUUAUUUUCCCCUAACCCUACCACCCCUCCCCUAAUUUGAGUAAACUAAUGGACAACAACACUUUGGCUUUUUAAGGACACAGUGUAUUUUACAAUAGUUGUUUUUAGUCCCAUCCUUCAGCUCCCCUCAACCCAUCUCUGAAGACCAUCCAUUUUUUAUUUAAUUUUACCAUAUUUUUAACUGUGCUGUUUCACAAACGUUCUGAACCUAUAUACAUUUUAC